AUGUCCUCGCUUAAAGUUCGCGACUCCGCGUUAAAAGCAAUCAAACGCUAUUUGUGCUCAAGUAAAGGUGACGCGCUCUCGGUCGACGUGGAAAUUGUGUCCAACUAUUUACAAUUGUUGGAGGAGCAAUGGGCACGAUUCUGUGGCGCCCAACAAGAAGUGGAGCUGUCAUGUGGUGAAGAUAAUCUCGAAAUGGAAGAGGAUUCACGAAUUCAAGGAGAGGAGUGGUACACCAUCGCUAAGGCAAAUUUCAAACGCCUUAUUACUCCGCCUACAAUACCAUUUUCUCGAACUACAACUACUACGUCAGCGUCUUUGCCACUUCCAAAACUACAAUUGCCAAUAUUUAGUGGAGAUCCGACAGAAUGGCUCACAUUUCAUGACGCAUUCUGUUCGCUCGUCAAUGCUAAUGCAAGUCUGUCGGACGGACAGAAACUCCAAUAUCUGCGUAAUUGUCUAAAGGGGGAAGCACUAGAGCUGGUGAGUAGCUUAGCGGUGAGUGACAAAAACUACGGUGAGGCCUGGGAACUGCUGACGUCACGUUACAAGGUCAUGUGUAUCAUAGUAGACAGUCAUAUAAAAGCUUUAAAGUCUGUUGAAAAAGUGACAAAGGACUCCGCCAAGUCCAUCAAGCACGUGCUUGCAGCAUGUGGGUGCGCUACGUGCACUUGA